AUGGACAAGUACCGCCUGUUGACCAGAGUGUGUCAGAGACUGCUGAAAAAGAGCAACGGGACGGACAAGACGUACUGUGAGGGGGUCCUCGGCAUAAUGUCUCGGCACGGACAGGAGUCCCGUCUGGCCAUCAAGUCCAUCCAAGAUAUAGCAGAACAGGCGAAAUAUGUGCUAGUGGCCGUCUACACCGUUUCGCUGGCGGUUUCUUUCUUAGGAAAUACAUUAGUAAUCAUGUCCUUUGUAUUCCACCGCCACAUGCGUUCCGUCAUGAAUGUGUUUAUAGUUUCACUUGCUGUCAGUGACUUUCUAAUAACCGUAACUUGUUCUCCUAUCAAUAUCGGAAACGCGUUGGCAAAAUACUGGAUACUUGGGGGAUUUGCCUGUAAAGCCAUGCCGUUCAUGACCAAUUUGUCUGUAGCUUCUAGUUCUCUGACGUUGUGUUGCAUUGCAUUAGAUCGCUACAAUGCUAUUAUUCAUCCUCUCAAAUUGAACGCCACCAAGAACCCAAAGCGAGCGGUCAUACUUCUUCUUUGCGUCUGGGUCGUCUCAAUCUCCGCCAGCAUACCCUAUGCUCUGCUAUACAACAUCUACGACAUCUGCAAGGGAGACAACUGUGAGUCAGAGGCCCACCUCUGUUACGGGUCUGACAGAGGCCUCCUGGCGUCUCUGGAGAUGUGGCUAACGCUGGUUGUGCUCCUGGUCCUCCCGCUCUCCUUCAUAGCGGUCACCUACGGAAUCGUCAUCUGGCGGCUGUGGUCCAAGAGGACCAUUGGGGCUCGGAUACCGACAGCCGAGGACCUAAGGACCCGGUACAAGAAAAAAGCGGUGAUGAUGAUGGUGCUGGUGGUGGUGCUAUUUGCUUGCUGCUGGACGCCGCUUCUUCUCUUUGACGUCAUCGGCAGAGAAGAAAGCUUGAAGGCGUCCCAGAGCAACCUCAUACUCAAGUACUUCCUCCAAUGGUUCGCUCUGAGCAGUGCUUGCUACAAUCCUAUCAUAUAUGCCUUUAUGAAUGAACGCUUUCGGAAGAAUGUUGUCAAGCUUCUGACGUGUCGGCGGGUGCGCGUGGAGCCCGUGAAUCCCAGACAGACAGGGGCGGUGAGGCUUAGAGCCUCCCAGCAGCCUCCCAUAAGGACUCGUCAAUCUGAGGGAACCACCAGCAGAUUCUAG